AUGGCUGCCACCCACUCGUUCUACCAAUUGCCCCAAUCCUCUUACCCGAUCAGCAUGCCACAGAAGCCGGGCUUCUACUACCCGCCCCAACACCAUGGCUACGGACGUGGAGCAGCAUCACCACCUGAAGCUCCAUCCAGCGUCACAACAUCCGGCGUACCUUCUUACGAGCCGUCGGCGACUUCCAGCAACUACGCCGGUAGCGCAAGCGACUACGAUUCGAGCAGUGGCUCUGCGAGCGUAGAUCUUCUCGAUUACAUGGGCAGUCGUGUAAACGGCUCAUUCGACCCAAUGCCACUAGACCGCAGCUUAGCCAAGCAAGCACAAACAUCUGGCGAGUUGAACGCCAAGCAUCGCGAGCUUCUCGAACUGCAACAACUUGCUCAGCGCCGGCUAGCUGGCGCACGCAUGAGCUUCGCAGACGGUAUGAAAGCCGCGAAAGAUGUGCAGAGAGAUUUGCAAUACACACAGAAACGCGUGGACUCCCUCAACGAGCGUGCGGCGCGAAAGUACCCCGAGCAGUUCCGCACCGCCCAAGGCCGAUACCCAGCACCUCUUGACUACUAG